UUAAUGUAUUGUGCUCUUUUUCUAUGUAUUGUUUUUUAUUGGAAUGAGGAAGGAGGAUUAAUACGUUUCCAUACAUUGAUGUAUUCCUCAUAAUGUUGACGUUUUAAUUCUCCGAUGCAGUAGGUGGCGGUAUGCGUGUAACAACUGAUCAAGCAAUCCGACAAGACGAAGAAGAAGAAGGAGGGGGAGAAGAAGCAGACGAAGAAGAAGAAGAAGAACUGUAAUAUCAACAAAUUGAAACGGCAGCUAUCGUCAAGUCAGUUGUUUUGCAAUUCACUCACAAUGUGACAGCAAGUCACGCUAUUAGAUAAAACUCGUCUUUUUAUGAGGUGAUGGAGGACAGUCAGCACGGGGACUUGGACUAUCUAGUCCAAGAUGAGGACACCCUCAUUGAAGGAGUCAGCAACCAGGUUUUAUUUGUUGUGGUGCUCAGCAUCGCCUUCCUUGGAGGCCUCCUCACUUUGCUCUGCAGAGAAGAGCAACUGAACAUCCAUCCUGAGAAUCAGGAGCACGUCCGAGCUGUCCGACAGCAACUCCAGACCGAGCAGGGUGAAAAUGCUCAGACAGAGGCCAGACAGCAGUAUUACACAGACAUGUCUUGUCCAGUGUGUUUACAGCAGGCUGUUCUGCCUGUGGAAACCAACUGUGGACACCUUUUUUGUGGUUCCUGUAUUAUAGCUUACUGGAGGUAUGGCACUUGGCUGGGUGCUAUUCAAUGCCCCAUCUGCAGACAAGUGGUAACAUUGCUCUUCCCAUUAUUCCACGAGCACGCUUCUCCUCAGAGUGUCCAGGAUGGGGAGGCGCAACCUCAGCUUAUAUUACAAGACAUCCACGAUUACAACCGCAGAUUCUCAGGCCAGCCGAGAUCUCUUAUGGACAGGCUGCGAGAUGUCCCCACCCUGCUUCGUCAUGCUUUCAGAGAGAUGUUUUCUGUGGGUGGCCUCUUCUGGAUGUUCAGGAUUCGAAUUCUUCUCUGCUUUGUCGGGGGAAUCACGUACCUGGCCUCACCGCUCGACAUCCUCCCCGAGGCGCUGUUCGGUCUCCUGGGAUUCAUGGAUGAUUUCUUCGUGAUCCUCCUUCUCUUCGUGUACAUCUCUAUCAUGUACAGAGAGGUGGUGACGCAGAGACUGAAUGGCUAGGCCAUGACUUAAAAUUACAAUCAAUAAAUAAAACAGGCUUGAACGGGCUUGUUUCAGGCUCAGGAAGAGGAGAACCCGGCAGUGGAGGUGGACAUGCAAAGACUGAUCAAAUGUUCAAAGGACACUUCACAAUAAAUGCUGCUCCUCUAUGAAGGGUUUACUCUUGAAUACUUCGUCCUUGUAAAUGAGCUGAAAAAAGGUUUGAGAUCUGUAUGUCUAAUCUGUAUGUAGAAGUCACCGUGACUGGUGUAAAGGUUUACCGAGUCAAAGGCAACACCGGAAAACAACGGAAGAAUGUGACGCUGAACCACUGCCGUAACCUGCAAGAGACGGCUGUAACCAAGUAACUUGUGUGACAGCCGUCCAAUUGUUUGACAUCAAUGUCAAAAUCUUGUCACGUCUUUAAUGUGCAUACAAUUGUAUCUGAGACAAAAUUGUAAUAUAAUGUGAAAUUGAAUGUAUUGUUUGACUUAUAUUCAUUUAAAUUUGGCUGCCUGCUGCAUCCCAGGCUGACAUCGAAUGGAGUCAAUGAAUCGAACCUUCCAUACAAUGGAGUGAUACAAGAACAUCGUAAUGUCUAACUACAUUAAGGAAAAGGCAUACUCUUUUAUGACGUAAAAAAAAAAAUAAUACAGCUUUUCUUGUUUAAAAAGUCCUUUGAAUGGAAACUGAUAGCACUGAAUAAAAUCUGCCUGCUUUCAUGUGAAAUAACAAACCACAGAAGAACCUGGCUGAAGCGUUCAGAUUCCUCAUACUUGUAUUGAAUUAUUAACACAAAUUGUUUUCGAAGUGGACUUUUUUUUUAUGGCCACGUUUAUCAAAAUCAUAUUUACUGAUUAAGAUUGUGAACACAUGCCAUGAAUUUGACUCAGUCAGUCAGUGAACCUUUCAGCGAAGUGAGCUUCCAUUUUAACUUCCAAGUUAAACAAAAACCGUAUAUAAAAGUAUAUUUAAUUUAAAGACUUGAUCAACUAGACCAAACAUUGAAGUAAACUUCAAGAUUCCUGUUGAACUUGUCUUGCGCCUGAAGUCAUUUUACUUUUUUUUUUUCCCACUUGGUCAAAUGAAGAGUAAAUUAAAACAACUAUGUUGCUGCUGUGUUUGUUUAAUUCACAUUCUGUUACAGAUGUGGAUUAAAUUUGACCCAUUUCUGAAAAUGAAUUUAAUUCUUUCAGAUCUUUUACUUAUAAAGCUUGUUAUAAUUGACAGAAACACAGUGAAGACCAGUGUAUGGCUUGUAUUUUCUUGGAAGGCAGUCAAUUUUUUGUUUUCAAUCCCAACUUCCUCUGAUGUUGUGGGAAUGAGACGUGUAUCUCAGAUCCACUGUCUUGAUGAUCAAAUAACACAUUUAUCUCUGGAAAUUAGUAAAAAAAAGACCCCCAGACGAAAAUAGCUGCUUCAAAACUGUAUCCAGACCAUUUUAUGUCUCUUUCCUGAUCCAGUAUCAGCUGUCAUGAUUGUUAAUGGUGUAAAUAAGGAGCUGAUGUUGGCACAGUGGGAAGUCAACUGUAAAAUUCAUCCAGUUUGUUUUGCCUUACCAGAUUACUAGAAAUAGACCAUCAGUCCCUUCUAAGAAUGCCUUGUAAGGGUGUGGCACCAGUUGUGUCAUACCUUUCUGCCGUCCUUUCGGAUCAGCGUCUCCUCUGCUUUUUCUCCAGGGUGUCGACACAACCACCGCCCUUUUGUCUCAGUUAGGAAAACAGCCCGGGUUGUAAAUGCCUCUGUUUUACAGCAAAGAACCGGUUAGAUGAGAGUCUAAACCCUUGUGGUAAAGUACUGUUACUGCUUGAGGAUGUCAAUGCUUUGGUUCACAUCAAAAUACUGUCAACAAACACUGUUCAUGACUCUGAUCCUCUUUGAUGGGGAGGAAUAACCACUCCUAAGUCAAGUUCCUUGUCAUUAAAUUCACAAUUUCUUGAGUUUGAUGGUGGUAUCUGUACCAAACAUAUGUUUUCAAGCAUGAGACAGAGAAGACCUGUCACAGAGUACGACCUCUUUGCCUCUCUGAAGGAAGUGAGUCAGCUGUGCACAUUCUCAAACUUGGCUCGACAGCGUUCAGUGAAAAGAGGCAGACAGAUGAGACAGAUAUUCAUAUUCGAAUAAUGGACGGAUUCAGUUUUUUGAUGCAAGUCAGAAAGAGUGUUUUCACUUUUUUUUUUGCAGUUUCUCCUUCACACUGUUGUGUGCAUGACUAUAACUGUAGGUUUUUCCACUCCCAUAAUGAGUUAGUACAAUUCUGUUUGUCAAAACUGUUUGUUUUUUUUUAAAUAUAAAUAUCAAGUGCAUAUAAUCGUUUUUAGGUUUUAAGGGAAGUAGUUUUUGCAACUUGUGUAUCGCUUAGAAUUGUAAUACAUACAUUAAUCCUGUUGUGACCUCUUCAACCAAAGCUGGGGGGUUUUCUGCUAAAGUUGAAUAAUGUAUAGCUCUAAACACAAAUUAGAGGCUCGUAAAUAAAUGUUUGUUUUUGAGA